AUGGCAAGCCAUCUGGCAACAGCCGACAGCUACAUCCUCUCGUCAGCAACAUCCUUCGACCACAAUGCCAACUCCUACAUGUACUGCAUGUCCGGCUCUGAGGAGCAAUACUCGAUGGUCACACGCUCAAUAGGCCCCAACUCAGCCCAGGUCCCAGAGUACGUGAACCAGCAAGCCACCACCCCAGCAUGGAAUACCCAAAUGCCGAACUGGACCAUGCAACAGUAA